AUGAGACAUGAUGACAAGGACGGCGAAGGUCGUGCGUUGUCGAAUACUUCGGUGAUUGACAAGCGGUCCGCGUAUUAUAUUUGGCGAUCUGGGCUGGCAGGCGGUGUGGCAGGUUCAUGUGCCAAAACUCUGAUUGCGCCUUUGGAUAGGAUCAAAAUUCUGUUCCAAACCUCCAAUCCACAUUACUUAAAAUAUUCAGGCUCCAUGCUGGGAUUGUUGCAGGCCGGUGUGCACAUCAAGACCUACGACGGGAUCAGAGGCUUUUAUCAAGGCCAUUCUGCCACGCUGAUUCGGAUCUUCCCAUACGCAGCCAUCAAGUUUAUUGCAUACGAACAAAUUCGGAAUAUCAUGAUACCGUCUAAAGACUUCGAGACCCCUACACGUCGGCUUGUCAGUGGUUCGCUGGCUGGGCUGUGUAGUGUUUUCGUAACAUAUCCUCUGGACCUGAUAAGGGUUAGACUUGCAUAUCUUACAGACCACAAGCGCAUCAAAAUGUGGCCUGUCGUUCAACGUAUUUAUACCGAGCCGGCAUCGGAAACCCUCACAUCGAAACAUUUUGUGCCGAAAUGGUUCGCUCACUGGUGCAAUUUUUACCGUGGUUUCACACCUACCGUUCUGGGCAUGAUUCCAUAUGCCGGUGUGUCGUUCUUCGCCCAUGACCUAUGUGGCGAUGUCUUUAGAAGCCCACUAAUAGCACCUUACUCUGUGCUUCAAAUAUCCGAUGAAGAAAUGAGCAUGCGAUCGAAACAAACUAGUAAUAGACCUCUCACAACAUGGGCAGAGCUAACCGCUGGUGGCAUAGCAGGCAUGGCUGCCCAAACUGCAUCCUACCCGUUUGAGAUUAUCAGGCGCCGACUUCAGGUAAGUGUCGUUUCGCCAACGGCCAUUCACAAUUUUCAAACGAUACCCGAAAUGUUCCGAGUAAUCUACAUGGAACGGGGUUGGAGAGGAUUUUUCGUAGGGUUAAGCAUUGGCUACAUCAAGGUGACACCAAUGGUAGCAUGCAGUUUUUUCGUUUACGAAAGAAUGAAAUGGUACCUCGGCAUUUAG